AUGGAAACAGGAGAACAGGAAAUAAAGGGAAAGAAGGGAAACAAGAGACAGAAUGGAGGGACACGGACGGGAGGAACAGACGGGAGGAGGACAACAGGAGAACGGAGGAGGACAACGACGGGAGGAGACAGGGGGAGGAGGACAACAGGGGAGGAGACAACAGGAAGGAGGAGGACGAGGAGGACAACAGGACGGGAGGAGGACAACAGGAGAACGGGACGGGAGGACAACAGGACGGGAGGAGGAGGACGGAGGGAACAGGACGGGGGAGGGAGGAGAGGACAACAGGACGGGAGGAGGACAGGACGGGAGAGGACAACGACGGAGGAGGACAACAGGACGGGAGGAGGACAACGACAGGAGGAAGGGGACACACGGGGGGACGACAAGGAGGAUGGGAGGAUGACAUGGACGAGAACAGGGAAACAGGAGAAUGGGAAAAUCAGAGAACUUAUGAGGGGAACAUAA